UUUCUCUUCUGUCUACUCCACCCCCAUUCCUCAUCUUCUCUCCGCUCACAGUCUCAUCAUGGUCGCCCUUCAGACUCUCAGUCUGGGACUGCUGGUUUCGCAGGCCUGGGCCAUCCCUGCUGCUCCUCAGCAGACCGCUACAACUACCCUACCCACCACCGCGUCCAGCUCGACUACAGUCGCCUCGUCCCAACUCGACCAACUAGCCGACUUUGCCUACAACAUCACAACGGACAACAUUGCUGGUGGCUCCGAGAACAAGCGUGGGGGCUGUACCUUGCAGAACCUCCGCGUCCGCCGCGACUGGAGGACCUUCUCGACUCUCCAGAAGAAGGCCUACAUCAACUCCGUCUUGUGCCUUCAGAAUUUGCCUUCGCGCACGCCAGCCCACGUAGCCCCGGGUGCCAAAACUCGCUAUGAUGACUUUGUUGCAACCCACAUCAACCAAACUCAAAUAAUCCACUACACGGGUACCUUCUUGGCCUGGCAUCGCUACUUUAUCUAUGAGUUCGAGCAAGCGCUUCGUGACGAGUGCGGAUACACCGGCGAUUACCCAUACUGGAACUGGGGUGCCGACGCCGAAAACUUGGAGAAGUCGCAGGUUUUCGAUGGCAGUGAGACUUCGAUGUCGGGCAAUGGCGAGUACAUCCCCAAUCAGCCCGAUGUGAAGCUGUACUUGGGCAACUACCCAGCUAUCGACCUUCCUCCCGGCAGUGGUGGCGGCUGUGUCACCAGCGGUCCGUUCAAGGAUUACAAGGUGAGCAUGGGUCCAGCGGCUCUGUCUCUUCCCGGUGGAAACAUGUCCGCUGUGGCCAACCCACUCGAGUACAACCCACGCUGCAUGAAGCGCUCCCUCACCACGGAGAUCGUGAAGAAAUAUGCCAACUUCCCGAAGAUUGUUGAGCUUAUCCUCGAAAGCGAAGAUGUCUGGGACUUCCAGAUGACCAUGCAGGGCGUCCCCGGAAGUGGCUCAAUCGGCGUGCACGGCGGUGGCCACUACUCCAUGGGUGGCGAUCCCGGGCGCGACGUCUACACAAGCCCUGGUGAUGUGGCCUUCUGGCAUCACCACGGUAUGAUCGACCGCACGUGGUGGAUCUGGCAGAACCUGGACUUGAAGAAGCGCCAGAACGCCAUCUCCGGCACCGGUACCUUCAUGAACAACCCUGCCUCUCCCAACACAACCCUGGACACCGUCAUUGAUAUCGGUUACGCCAACGGCAGCCCGAUUGCCAUGCGGGAUCUCAUGAGCACCACCGCAGGUCCUUUCUGCUACGUGUAUAUCUAAGGUGGC